AUGGAGUGCGGUCGCCGGUGCAUGCGUGCGUAUAAUAUGGACGUACCGAUUUACAGAGGAUCAAAUUCAUCUCUUGUUGUAACACCGGACGGUGGAGCGUUCUUUGGCCAAGACGGUUUAGGUGAUACUGGCGAAUAUUUAACUGAUUUAGUCACAGCUAAACUAAAAACUGCUGUACAAGCUCUCAUAGACUUCUCAGUAAUGUAUAAGGAUAAAGGUAAAUUGACUAUAAUCACAUUAGGUACAUUAACUAACGUGGCUUUGGCAAUAAAAAGUGACCCACAUUUUCUGGACCGACUUGAACAUCUUUAUGUUGCAGCUGGUCAUAUUCACGAUGAAAACAAUACAGAAGCUGAAUUCAAUUUGCAUAUGGAUGUAGAAGCUUAUCACAUAGUCGCACAGAACGCAAAUCCCGACAAAGUCACUUUCUUUCCGUUCUCACAAGUGAUGAAGCAUUUAAAUAUAUCGAGAGAAUGGAGAGAGCAAGUAUUCGGUGCCAUCGAUUCGGACAUCGUAAGGGCUCAAAAUAAAUUUGAGCGGUACGCGAUCGAGCAAAGCGACCGUUGGCACGCGCUCGACCCUGCGGCAGUAGCUGUGGCGUUGAAUCCAGAACUAGUCACAGAAUAUAAGUAUAUUAAGCAAGAAGUUGGACUUUGCGGUUCGAAGAGAGGUAUAAUAUCACAUAGUUUCGUAGAAAAGAAUGAAAGCAUGGGGCGACUUAUAUACUCAGUAGAUGAAGAAAAAUACAAAAAGUUUUUGAUGGAUGUAUUUUCAGCAUAAUGUUCAAUACAAGAAAUAUAGUUCUAUUUUAAUAAUCAGAUGUUUUGCUUUUUAUACCAAAAUAUAUUUUUAUUUUCUAUGCAAAUGUAAUGC